CAAAAUUUAUUAAAUAUUCUAUAAAAUAUCAAAAGAGAAACCAAAACCGCAUAAUUACAUACUUGGAAAAUCCGAUUUACGAAAAAUGAAACCGCACAAUUACUUGAAAGAUUAAAAGUACAAUUAAAUCUAAAAUAAAUAAUAAGAACAUGUUUUCCUAAAAAGAAAAAAGAAACAUCUUAGCUAAAAGUAUUGGUUGCGUGUAUAUAUAAUAUUAAUCUAAAAUCCCAUUCAAACUGGUCACUACCAUUUCUCCUCAUGUCGUCGCUCUCGGGACUCGCCACCGCGAUCGCGCUACUCCUCGUCGGAAUCUCCUCCGCCGGCCGUGAUCUCCGUCCGUCGGAGCACGGCCUCGUCUUCCAGACCUCGCCGCCGGCCAAUUCCUCGCCGGAGAUGAAGUCCUUCUUCAGCACCAGCAAGGGCUCUUCUUCUUCUUCUUCCUCCAACGCCGACGCCCCACUCCGGAACGCGACGGAGUCCCUGCCGCCGCCGUGGUGGGGAGUCACCGGCGGCGGCGGCGGCGGCGGAAGAAGCCACGUUGGACGAGCGCUGAUGACGGCGAGCCUGGUUUGCGGAAUCACAGGUGGCGUCUUGUUAGUGGCUUCGGCGUUGCUUUAUCUGUUUAAGCACCGAAGAAAUCCUCACCAAAACGAACCGUUUCGUGCACGUAAUGAUGGCACUGUCAAUAAUAGUGCGAACAAGCUUCAAUUAGUGCCAGUUGUGCCUAAUCGUUGAGUUCAAUCCACACUGUAAAUCAUGUUGCUGUAUAUUUAAUUUAUUUUUUUUGUUUAUUUUUGUGUGCCUUUGAUUUUUUGCUCGUUGAGAUUACUUACGUUUUACAAAAGUUGUACUAAUAAAUUUAUUUAGUUCCACGUUAAUUGUUCGUUUAUUA